GCGAUUGUGCUUGUGCCAAAUGUAUUCUGAUUGCUGAACGACAACGCGUGAUGGCUGCGCAAGUUGCUUUAAAACGACAACAAGCAAGUGAAGAUGCAAUCGCUUUACGUGUUCGUUGUCUGUCGCCUUUUAAUCAAUUGCCACCCGGACCUGUUUGGGGUGCCGUAACAUCAUCAAAUGGCAGUCAUGAAGAUGAUGAAGCUGACGAUGAUGACGAUGAUGAAGGUGAUCAUGCUUCUUCAUCCAAUUCUCCACGGAAUGAUCGAGAAUCGAUUGUGUCGGCUUCGUCACCUAAAAUAGGCAGCAGUCCAACGAGUUCUACCAAACGAAGCGCAGAUGAAGGCACAACAACAACGUCGAAUACAUCGGGUGUACAUUCGAAUGAGGAUUCAUCAGGUUCAGUUACUGAUGAACAACAAACAAAUACAAUAUCACCACGCGCAAAAAUUCGUCGACAUAAUAUGUCUCAUGUUGAUAUACUUGAACGUGUUUUCCCUAUGCAAAAGCGUUCGGUCUUAAUGGCUGCUCUAUCAUCAUGUCAAGGAGAUUUAGCCAAAACUAUCGAUCAUUUUAUAACAUUAGGUGAUAAUAUGAUAUCAAUUCAAAAUCAAUUACAAAGUGAUGUUACAUCGGCAU